UCUAUGAUUUAUUUGUCAGAACAGUGCAUGUUGAGACAUAGAUGAAAGUGUUCAGGAAACAUGUGUUGCUUUAUGUAAUGAAGAAGUAAUCCCAUAAAUAGGGGUGUAACAGCAAAGAGGAACAGUCUUCACUGAAGAAACGGCAUUCUUACAUUCAGAUCUACUAAGAAGAAGACAAUGGAGGACUUCAUAACAUCAAAUAAUACGUUUGCUGUGAACAUGUACAAGAAGCUGAGUGAACAUGCAGACAAUAACAUAUUUUUUUCUCCUAUGAGCAUUGCCUCAGCCCUAGCCAUGAUUCUCCCUGGUGCAAAUGGCAAUACUGAAUUCCAGAUUGCAAAUGUUUUAAACCUCCAAAAACCAUCAGGAAAAAAAGGCUGCCGUUCACAGAUUUCUGAUGGAAUUCAAAUACAAAAUGUGCCUCAAAUUUUUAAAGAAUUUUCUUCAAGCAUCAAUGAGGCUUCCAAUAGUUAUACCAUGACAAUAGCUAACAGGUUAUUCAGUGAAAAGAGCUUCCAAAUCAUUGAGGAAUAUUCCCAACUACUUGAGAAAUAUUUUCAAGCUGAAGUUCAAGCAGUGGAUUUUUUGCAAGCUGCAGAAACGAGCAGAACGUUAAUUAACAACUGGGUGGAAAAACAGACAGAUGGUAAAAUAAAAGACAUCUUGGCGCCAGGCUCCAUUGACUCGCUCACGAAGAUGGUCUUAGUAAAUGCUAUUUACUUUAAAGGAAACUGGAAUACCAAAUUUCCAGAAGAAAACACAGAACAAAAACCAUUCAAAAUGAGCAAGACAAAAAGUAAACUGGUUCCAAUGAUGUUCCAAAGGAAUAAGUUUAACAUAUCAUACAUUGAAGAGCUUGAGACAAAGGUGUUGGAACUCCCUUAUGUUGAUAAUAAAUUAAGCAUGAUAUUAUUACUACCAGAUGAAAUUAAGGACAACUCUACUGGACUAGAAAAGCUAGAAAAGGAGUUGAAUUAUGAAAAGCUGAAAGCCUGGACCAACCCUGACAUGAUGGACAAAACUGAAGUGGAACUUGAGCUUCCGCGCAUUCUUCUUGAAGAGAACUAUGAUCUGAAAUCGUACCUCACCGAGAUGGGAUUAGGUGACCUUUUCAAUGCAGAUAAAGCUGAUCUCACAGGGAUAUCAAAAAAAGGCAACAUAUAUAUCUCAAAGAUAGUUCACAAAGCAUUUGUUAAAAUUAAUGAAGAAGGAACAGAGGCUACUGCAGCUACCGCUGCCGUUGUGACGAUCAGAAGUCGCCCUGUAGCAGAGAAAUAUCAAUUUGACCACCCGUUUGUGUUCUUUAUAAGAGAUAACAAAUCAGGUGCCAUAAUUUUUUUGGGAAAAUAUUCUUUCCCGUAGAGUACUGAAAGAAAAAAUCACAAAAACAGAAUAUAUAGCUUGCAAUUUCAAUAUAGCACCAUAAUCUGCUUUCAAAACAGUAUCAUUUAUUACAAGGAUAUAAAUAUUAACUAAUACUGACUGUAUCAUAGCUUAACAUGAUUUGGCCGAAUG